AUGUACUCCAAGUGUGGCAGCCUGCUCGAUGCUCGGAUGGUCUUCGACUGGCGGGGGCGGGCUAUGGUGUCGUGGAACUCGUUGAUUCUCCGCUACGCAGAGAGAGGAGAGGAAGAGCUCGCUCUGGGACUUUUCUGUGCGGCAGCAUGCUCGGAGAGUCUUCGAUACUUUUGGCCAGCCCUCAUUCUCGGCUACGUUGAAAACGGUGACGAGAGGCUGGCUUUGGAAGUCCUCGACAACUUGCAAGACCAGGAGGCCUACUCCAUCGCCAACUCCCUCACCUUCGUGGCUGCUCUCAGCGCCCGCAUUGCGUCGAGGGAACCGGAUCGAGAACUCGAUGGAAGGAUUGUGAAGCUAGAAUCGCUGUCCAGGGGCAAACGCAUCCACGCACAAGCUGUAAGCUGCCGCUGCGACUCGGAUACCAUGGUGGACAUGUACGCCAAGUGCGGUACCCUGGUCGACUGCAUGCCUUGUAGAACAGUGGUGUCGUCGAACGUCCUGUUGCUUGGCUACGCAGAGAAUAACGAGGUCGAGCCUGGCCUCGACUUGUUCUCUCGGAUGAUUGCUGAGGAUGACGAGCCCCAGCUGACACUGGAGCUCUUCUUGCAAAUGCGGCACUUCCAGAUCCUCCCAAACGCCCGGGCUGCUCUCAAGGCGUGCACAAAGUUGGUGGCGUUGGAACAAGGCAGUGAAGUCGAGAUCCAUACUGGAAAGGUGGCGGUGGUGAAGCUGAAAGCUCUAAAGAUUGGCCUCUAUGUGAGUGAAUCGGAGCUCUUCGUCUUCAACCUCACCAUCGAUAUGUACUCCAAAUGUGGCUCCAUGGACGACGCCUGGCAAGUGUUUGACACCAUGGAAGCAAGAGACAUGGUUUCCUGGACCGCCCUGAUGCUCGGCUCCACAGCCCCAGCUAAGCCUCAAGCUCUUCUUAUCUCUCAAGCUGCCACCCAACGAAUGGUUCCCAAAUGCUCGAGUAUACAUGACUGCUCAAAUCCUGUAGGCUUGGCUGAAAGAUCCAGCUAUGGCCUACUAAAGAAUGACCAUUAG